GCAACUCAUCAGCAAGGCGAAUACACUUGAGUUUAGACACACAAAUCCCUAAUCCGAUUGUCGACUACUACGGCGGGUGCGAGUGAGAGUUUCAAAUGCUUCGACUCAUGAAGGAAAUGGAUUCGUCAAAAAACAAAAAGAAAACGAAUGCUCCUAAUAUUGAGAUAAUACCAGAGAACGCACCAUAUAUGGAUGAUAGUCAUAUCACAGUUAGAAGCUUUGCGGAUGAAUCAUUUUCCGACGAAGAUGUUGAACAAGAAGAAGUCUCAAAAUUAUCAACGAAACGUAAAAGGGAUGUCCAAGAUGUGGCUGCAAAUGAAAAUAGGAAUUCGGAAGAACCUGAAAUUGGAAGCGAAAAAGAUGGGUCUGUACCGGUGCCGGAAACCAGUGACCAGCCUUUUCAGAAAAAACCUAAGAAGAAGACCUCGGGUGUUUGGGAGUAUAUGGAUACGAUUAAUGUUAAAGGUGUCGAAAGAUACAGGUGCACGCUCUGUUCUAAACUCUUUCUGAAAAAUAAGACUUCUUCAACUUCCUCAAUGAAAAGACAUCUUGAAAAAUGUGUGAAGGCACACAGUGGUACUCUGCAACCACAACUUCAAGUUCGACGAGGUCUUGGCGAUGAGGUACAAGUUUCUGCAUUUAAAUAUGAUCAUGCCUUAAUGAGGGAAAAAGUAUCUCAUUAUGUCAUGAUAAAUGAGUUACCAUUUUUACAUGUAGAAAGCUUUAUGUGGAAUGAGGUAAUGAAGACUGCAACACCUUUUUAUCAAAAAAUAACUCGAGGAACAUUAAAAGGUGAUUGUAGGAGUACAUAUGAAAUUGAAAAAAAGAAAUUAAUAGAGUUGUUUAGGUCUGCCUGGAGAAUCAAUAUCACAACUGAUAUGUGGACUUCUAGUUGUCAAAAGCUUGGCUACAUGGUUAUCACUGCCCAUUGGAUUGAUGAAAAAUGGAAAUUAAAUUCGAGGAUUAUAAACUUUUGCAAUGUUCCCCCACCUCAUUCUGGCGAUGUUAUUUCUGAUUCUUUAUAUAAAUGUUUGGUUGAUUGGAAAAUUCAAGAUAAAAUUGGGACAGUAACGGUGGAUAAUGCAAAGGCGAAUGAUGUAGCUAUAAGAAAUUUAAAAGAUUCUUUUAUCAUUAGGAAACCAUCAUUACCAGUUGAAGGUCAAUUAUUCCAUGUGCGUUGUAGUGCACACAUACUAAAUCUUUGCGUUCAAGAUGGGCUUAAACCUAUUAUGUCAAUUGUUAGUAGAGUGAGGGAUGGGAUCAAAUAUAUUGGUUUUUCAGAAGGUCGAAGAAAAAAGUGGGCUGAAAUUUCUGAGUUGCUGCAAAUUAAGCCAAAAAAGCUGAUUUUAGAUGUUUCUACGAGGUGGAACACUACUUAUCACAUGUUAUAUUGUGGUCUGCAAUUUAAACAAGUCUUUCCUAGAUAUGCUGUUUGGGACAAAUCAUUUAGGGAAUAUGUUCCAAGUGAAGAAGAUUGGGUGAAAGUAGGUCAUGUUUGUUCUUUAUUAAGGGUGUUUGAUGAUGCUACUAGAAUAGUUUCAGGAAGCGAGUACCCCACCUCUAACUUAUUUCUUUCAGAACUUAAAAGGGUGAAAGAAUUGCUAGAUAAAAAAGUAGUUGAUUCAAAUUCCUACAUGAGAGAAAUGGCAGGUACAAUGCAAGAGAAGUUCGAUAAAUACUGGGGGGAAAGUAAUCUCAUGAUGUCUAUAGGGGCUGUGAUGGAUCCGAGAUUCAAGAUGAAACUUAUUAGCUUUUGCUUUCCUAUUAUUUAUCCGCUUGAGGGUGAAAGUGAAAAACAGCAUGCCCAUUUAAAAGUUGUCUUGAAUGAUUGUAAGUCUAAAUGUAAAGACAACCCUAUCUGUUACAUAGGGAUGACAACUCAACAAUAG